AUGAAAUUAAAUACAUUAAUUUCGUUUUUCUCUUUUGUGUGUCUUUUUUUUCGUGUGCUUUCUUGUGAAGGAAUUCACGAAAAAAAAAAAAUUAAUUUAAAAAUAGAAUUAAUCGAUAAAGAUGUGUUAUUAUCGGAUGAUCAUUUAAAAAAAGAGAAAGUUAUUAUGCAAGAUGGUAGAAAGAUUAAAAUUAAGAAUUUUGAAAGAAUUAAAGAGAAUGUACUUGAGAGAGCUAUAAUUGUAAAGGAGCUUGAUAGAUUGAAAUCUAUCAAUACAAAAAAGGAAGCUAUAACUUUAGAAACAUUAGAUGACGAUAAUGAUGAUGAUGAAAACAAUGAAGCAUCAUCCAAUGAUGAAAAUAAUAAUGAUAAAAAUAAUAGUAAUGAAAACAAUAUUGAUGAUAGUCAACAAGUUGAUGAAGAACAAAAUAAUAUGAAAGUAAUUUCUUCAGAAGAAUCUGUAGAGAAUGAUAUUCAUAUGUUACGUAAAGUUUAUCAAAGGGAUUCAGAGAAUGGUUCAACAACCUAUUGUUAUAUGAGAUAUACCUUUAAUUUUAAUUUGGAAAAAUUAAAUGAAAACAGUAGAAGCCAACUAUUUAAAGGAUUAGAUAAGACACUUGAUUAUUUAUCCUUUUUACCAAAAAAUGAAGAUGUAACAGACACUGAAUCAAUACUAGAUAAUGAAUAUAAGAUGUUAGAUAAUACUCUUGGGGACACUGAUCCUAUUGUUUCUAAUGUAGAAUUGAAAAAUUAUAAUUUUGAUAUAAUUAGUACUUCUGAAUAUGCUGAUACUAUAGAUGAAAUUAUAAACUUUUUAAAUACACGAAAGGAUCAUUUAAAUAUAUCAACCUCUCUAAAAUAUAAAUUAAUGGAAGCAAAAAAUAAUUUAAAUAAAUAUAAUAAUAAAGACAUGUCAAUGAAUAAUCCACGUGAUAGUAAUCUAUAUCUUUGUGAAUGGUUACAACAUUUAAAUAAGGCUUUUUUAGAAAAGAAAAAAGCAUUGGAAUUGUUGAAUGACACAAAGGAUAUAAAAGAAAAUUAUAAUGAUAAAUUAUUUGCGAAUUCAGUUGAUCAAUUAUUUUAUUGUUAUAAUUUAUUUGACGUGUCUAAUGAUAGUAUAGAUUCCUUUUUUUUGAAUAAUAUGGGGAAGAAAAAGGAAUCUGAAGAAGUUAAUAUUAAUAUUCAUAAACCAUUAUCCAGAGAAUUGUUAAGUAAGAAUAUUGAUGAUAACGCUGAUGAUGAACUAACUAAAUGUAAAUCCUUUUUAAGUUUGAUAACCCCAAAUGAACUAUUUUUAAAUGAUGAUUUGGGUAUUUCACAGAAUGAUAUGGUAAAAGCUGAUAUUGAUAUGAAACAAGAGGAAGACGAAGAUGAAGAAUAUGAGAACAAUAAAAAUAAUGAUAUGUUAUUGAACAAUUUAAAUGUACAAAAUAGAGAUAAGCUUGUUAAAAGUAUGGAUGAAGAAGAUGGUGUAGAAGGUUCGAAGAAUUAUGAAAUGAAUAACAGUGAAAUGGAUUCAUUAGAUGUAUCGUCUUUAAGAAAGAAUAAAUCUUAUUUAGAAAACAAAGAAGCGUUUAGUCAAUUAACACAGGAGAUAAAAAAUGACGAAAUGACAGAGGAUUAUGACUACAGUUAUGAUAUUGACAGUGAAGAAGAGAAUAAAGAGGGAACUUAUGAAGAUAGUGAUGAGGAGAGUGAUGAGGAGAGUGAUGAGGAGAGUGAUGAAGAGAGUGAUGAAGAGAGUGAUGAAGAGAGUGAUGAAGAGAGUGAUGAAGAGGAUGAUUAUGAUAAUGAUGAGGAGAGUGAUGAAGAAUUUGAUGAAGAGGAUGAUUAUGAUAAUGAUGAUGACAGUGAUGAAGAAUUUGAUGAAGAGGAUGAUUAUGAUAAUGAUGGUGACAGUGAUGAAGAAGUAUAUGAUAAUGAUUACGAAAAUUUACAUUACAAAGGGAAAGAUAACUAUUCAAAUUACAGUUUAAAAAGUGCUUUAAGUGAUUUAGCUAAAAGCGGUACUAAUCACUUAAUAGAUAAAGCAACAAAUAGUAUUUCAAGUGCUUUAAAAAAAAACUUUAAUAAAAAAAAAAUAACAGAUAAAUCAAAUAAGCUCUUCGAUAAAAUAAGCAAGGGUCUUAAUAAUAGUAAAAAAAUGAUUAAUAAAACAAAGAAGGAUAUUAAAAAAGGGAUUAACAAAGGGACAAAACUUAUAAAAGAUACAAAAAAGGAUUUAAAGAAACAUAUUCAAAAUACUAAAGAAAAAGGAAAGAUCUUGACUAGAAAAGCUAAAAAGGUAGUUAAAAAAGGUAAUGGCAUAGUUAAAGAAAAUGCCCAAGUUGGAUUGAAUAAAGUAAAAAAAGGAGCAAAAAAUGGUAUAAAUAAAGUAAAAAAAGGAGCAAAAAAUGGUAUAAAUAAAGUAAAAAAAGGAGCAAAAAAUGGUAUAAAUAAAGUAAAAGAAGGAACAAAAGAUGGUAUAAAUAAAGUAAAAGAAGGAACAAAAGAUGGUAUAAACAAAGUAAAACAAGGAACAAAAAAUGGUAUAAACAAAGUAAAAAAGGGAACAAAAAAUGGUAUAAACAAAGUAAAAGAAGGAACAAAAAAUGGUAUAAACAAAGUAAAAAAGGGAACAAAAAAUGGUAUAAACAAAGUAAAAGAAGGAACAGAAAAUGGUAUUAAUAUAGUAAAAGAGGGUGUAAAUAAUGGUAAAAAUAAAAUUAAAGAAGGUUCAAAGGAUGGUAUAAAUAAAUUAAAGAAUGAAGUAGAUAAAGGUGUUAAUAAAGUAAAAGAGUACGCACAAAAUGGAGUUAACCAAGUUAAAAAUGGAACAAUAAAUGCUUUAGAAGAUGCUAUAAAGGAAAUAUCAAAACCUACUGGAAAUUUACGCUUUAAAGAAAAAGAAGGUAUUAAUAAAGUGAAUACAUCACCUAAUAAAGUUACAAAUAAAAAAGGAAAAACACCAUUAAGUAACACAAAAUCUGAUGAAAAAAAAAAAUCAAAUGGUCGUAAAAUGUCUCUAAUAAGUUUAACAGAAGUAUCAAAUAAGAAAUCCUUGAAUAAGAACAAAAUUAAAAAAGAGAUAAACAAAAUUAAUAAAGAAUACAAAAAACUGAAGAAAAUGGAAAACAAAAUGAAGAAAGAAUUGAAUAAUCCUAUUCCUUCAGACAAAAAAAUUAUAUCAGAGUUUGAUGAUUUUGAAAAAUCAAAUGAAGUUAAAAAAAAUAAGAAUAUAUAG